AUGUCUUCCUUGAAUCAGAGGGCGACUAAGAAGAGAAAUAAUGAAUCAAGGCGGAGAAGCCACCAAAUAGGCAGCAGCAGCCGCCUGACCAAGAAGAGAGGGCUGAUAACCCUCCUAUACCACAAGUUGGAAUUGCCAGCCAGCACCAGCCGGAGCGCCCUCAACCCAAUCCAAACGCUCCCGGUGCAGCCGAGCAGCCGCAGCCACCUCAUAAUCAACCACAACCGCAACCUGGUGUUCCAAAAUAAUGGACACCAUCAUCAUCACGGUGACCAUCAAGGGAUGCCUCAAGCUCAACCUCAAGUGCCUCAAGGAGAGCACCAUUCGCGCAUCAUCCAAGGCACCAAACUAUGGGAGAUUUUGAUUCUUCCGAUGCUUUCUUAUGGAUCGGAAUCCCAUCCGACCACCUCUACCCCAAGGAACGACUUUGAGAUCAAGCCGCAGAUCAUUGCCUUGGUGAAGCAAAACCAAUUCCAUGGUUUGCCCACUAAACCAAUUCCGCAACCUCUUGAUCAUGUGACACCUUUGAGAAGAUAUGCAGCACAACUCUCAUCAAUGGAGUGUCACCGGAUUACUUCAAGUGCAAGUUGUUUACUUUUUCUCUAA